UUCGAGAAGAAUUCCCCUCCCUACCUGUUAUAAAAGCUCGAUUACGAUGUCUUCAACUCAGAAUUAUAAUCUGUAUCCAAAUAGUGAACAAGUUCCAUUACCAAGUGGUUGGGAAAUGUUUAUUGAUUCAGGAAGUAGAAUUCCAUAUUUUGUGGACCAUAACACGAAAACAACAACUUGGACUGACCCCCGAAGUAUGUAUUAUGGUAGUCAGCCUACAACAUACCCCAAUCAAAGUUAUCCCCAUUCCUAUGGAGGAGGGGGGCAGUUUGAGAGGGCAGGGGGAGUGGAAAUACCUGUGAUUCACGAGUCACCCUACCCAAAACAUCAACAACACAGUUCUGGACGAGUUCCGACAUCUCAAGGAUUAGGUGUUCAUAAUAUGACAAACACCACACGUUCUGCAUCUCCAUCAUUUAGAGAAAUUCCAAUUCAACACGUUAGACAGGCUUGUGACAAAGGGGCUCGCAGUUCCCCAAUUUCGCAUAAUAUACAAUUUGAGAGAAGAGAUCCCGGGUCACGUGGAUCACCCAUUCCUCAGGGUUUUCAAUUUGAAAGACAGGAUCGAGGAUCACAGAAUUCUCCUGUGCCAAUGUUUGACAGACAAGAAAGAGGAUCUAGACACUCUCCUGUCCCUCAUAAUAUCCAGGAUCUUGGCUCCCGACGUUCUCCCGUUCCAAAUUACGAAAGGCCAAUGCAGUCAGGUAGUCAUCCAGGAGCCCCUAGAUCAGACUCUUCCCUUCCAAAAGUAAUACCGAUAGUUCACGAAACGAGUAAUCAAGAGCAACCACAAAAAACAUAUCAGAGUGAACCGAAACCAGCGGAACAAACGCCACAGCGUCGGGAUGAACGUCAACGAUCUGAGUCUAUGGAUGCUGCUGAAAGUGAUCCAGAACCACCACGACAACCCCCAAAGCCAAAAACUGCAGAGGAACGAGCAAAUGAAAUAAUUGAAAGUGUUACAGCAGAAGUUAAUGAACUAGAACAACAAGUAAAUCAGUUCACAGGACAGAAAUCAGAUAAAAGUUAUAAAUAUUUAGAAGAAAUGUUGACACGAAGUUUAAUAAAACUUGAUGGGGUUGAGGCCGAGGGCCAUGAUGAUAUUCGUACUAGGAGAAAACAGACAGUUCGUUAUAUACAACAAACAUUAGACAUGUUAGAACUAAAAGCUAGCAGUAAUGAACCUCCACAACAGUUAGAAUCUGUGACUACUGCAUCAAAUCCGAGCCAAGACUGUGAUAAAAAAAAUAAAACGAACAAUCGUGACCAGGACGUUAAAGAAAUGGUCUUAGAUAGCGAAGUUUCUUGUUAAGUAAAGUACUUUUUAGAUGUUUUAAAAAAUGAUUUAUUACUAACAUAUAUGGAAAUAUUUUGCAAAAGCUAUAUUUAGAAAGUGACUGGCUCUAAAAUCUAUACCGCUUCUGCUGUUAAGUGUUGGAGAAAGUGUCAGUUACUAAAACUAUCUACAAGGUGCCUAGCUUUCGUCUCAAACUGUGCUCGACUGAAUGACCUUUCAGUUCUAGAGAAUAUGUCAUAAUGACCCUCAAAUAAAGUGAUUCUGGGGAAUUUAUUUAUUUAGCAGGACAGAGAUAAUUCUUGCGAUUUUCGGAAAGAAGCACGGUGAAGAAGUAUUCUGAGAUUUUUAAUCAAAAUUCUCAUUAGGACCAAAUCUGGCUGAAUUCAAGAUAUUAACAUAUUGAUUUGAUCUGCAUAAUAUUGUGAAUAAGCUUCUAGUAAUUUGUUUAGAUGUGCAGUAUUAGUCUGAUACAUGUAUAUCUGAGCUCUCCCUGACUUCAGUGACAUUGGGACAUCAGUCAAAAUUAAUAAGAAUUGUGGUACAUGUACAUGUACGUGGCAAAAUCAUAAAUGGCAGAGGAAUCCUGGCCGACUUUGUGAUGGUGGCUUAUUUCUCAAAGUUGGUGGUAGAGGUCAGAAAUACCAAACUAAUGACUUAUAAAAGUAAUAUAUGUACAGUAAUUUAUAUCUGAACAUAGAAUACUCUGUAUAUUAUGAAAAUAUUGACACAAAAUGGAAAGUUAUAAUGUUAAACGUACAUAGUGAAAUUGUUAUAAUUUAUUAUAUUUAGCUGUUGAUUGUAGAGAAUAUUUAUUACUAUAUUUAUGGAUGUUACCCUUCCUUAUUUCACACAGAUUAAACUUCAGAAUUUAAAAAUCUCUGUAAAGUCUUUACUAGAAAUUGACAUAGGUGAACUUACGCUGGUAGUAGCAUACAAAUAUUGGAAGCCUUCUAUAAAAUUUCACAACUGUCGCAGAAAUCAAGCUUGAAAGGUUCUUCUGAAUCCAUUUUCUGGUAAUAUUUGUGUCAAAAUGAUAACUAUUAACCAUAAUGGAUACAUGUACAUGUAAUGUCUUACCGAAUUUAUUUACAUUAUAACUAAUGAUAGUAAUCUACCUACUGUUAUUUGAAAUUUUACCUGCAUGUAAAUAAUUUUUAAGUCUACAUGUAUGUGCAUAUCUGCAUUGAAUUUAGAGAGGCUUACACACAAUAGUUUCAGAAAAUCAAUCAGAUUCUUUUGCUUACUAUAUUUAGGUUUUGAUAAAACACUUUUAAAUAGUAAGAUUCAAUUUUAAGUAAUGGUCUGUUGUUAAUAAAAGGAAAGCUUAUAGCACAUUGUAAGAAGUUAUUUACUCAAAGUUAUUAAAGUAUAUCUUCCAAUGAUUAUUAAAGUUUGUUUACAAGA